AUGAGGGACUCUGGAAUAGAUUAUGUUUCAGUAAAACUUGAAAAUCUAGAUGCAAAUUUUCCAAAAUCACAAGAAUCUGCAAGGAUGAGGGACUCUGGAAUAGAUUACGUUUCAGAUAUGAGCAUUGUGAGGACAAAUGCUACAAAUCCACAAAACAUAGAGAUCUUAAGUAACUUGACUUCUACAUUUCCAACUUUCUUGUAUGGAUUUACUAUCAUGGAAUGUGCGGUGCUGGUGGCCAUGGCCUUUGACCGCUUUGUGGCAAUCUGUGAUCCUCUAAGAUACACUACUAUCCUCACUCAUUCCAGAAUUAUGCAGAUGGGUCUCUUAAUGAUUUUGCGCACUGUAAUAUUAAUAGUGCCACUACUCUUGCUCCUUAAGCCCCUCUCUUUCUGUGGAGCAAAUGUCCUUUCCCAUUCUUACUGUUACCAUUCAGAUGUGAUUAAAUUAGCAUGUUCAGAUACUCGGGCCAACAGCAUCUAUGGAUUAAUUGGUCUCAUUCUGACCACAGGAGUGGAUACACCAUGCAUUGUCCUGUCUUACAUCUUGAUCAUUCGCUCUGUGCUCAGUAUGGCCUCCCCCAAAGAACGGCACAAGGUCUUUAGUACAUGUGUCUCUCACAUUGGGGCGGUUGCUAUUUUCUACAUUCCCAUGAUUAGCUUGUCCUUGGUGCAUCGCUAUGGCCGAUCAGCCCCCAAAGUGGUCCAUUCGAUGAUGGCCAAUAUAUAUCUGCUUUUGCCCCCUGUGCUCAACCCUGUCAUCUAUAGUGUGAAAACAAAACAGAUUCGCAAGGCUAUACUUCGUCUUCUUCUUACAAAAUAA